CCCCGCGCCGGCCGCCCGAGCCCUCCCGCGGGCCCCCGGCGCUGGCGCGCUCCAGCCAGGCGAGGGUCGCGCUGCGCCUGCGCCCCGGCCGGAUUUGUCUAAAGCCCCAGGGAAGAUGGUGGAAAAUUCACCGUCGCCAUUGCCAGAAAGAGCGAUUUAUGGCUUUGUUCUUUACUUAAGCUCCCAAUUUGGCUUCAUACUGUAUCUCGUGUGGGCGUUUGUUCCUGAAUCUUGGCUAAACUCCUUAGGCCUCACCUACUGGCCUCAAAAGUACUGGGCAGUUGCUCUGCCGAUCUACCUCCUCAUCACUGUAGUAGUCGGCUACGUUCUCUUAUUUGGAAUAAACAUGAUGAGCACCUCUCCGCUGAACUCCAUCCACACAAUCACAGAUAACUAUGCUGCAAAUCAACAGCAGAAGAAAUACCAGGAAGAGGCCAUCCCAGCCCUGAGAGAUAUUCCCAUCAGUGAAGUAAACCAAAUGUUCUUUCUUGCAGCCAAGGACACAUAUGCCAAACACUAAAUUCUAUGUAACACCAAACAUUUUGCUUUCUGUUUUGACAUAAUAAUUAUGGCUAAGUUAAAUAAAAAUACUGCAUAACUA